GGCUUACGACGGAUGGGGCUACAUCUCCUGCGUGUGGAAACUAGAUUUUUCAUCUGCAGUAAACUUGAGCUCUUCGAUCCCGGAAGUAAGCACCAUUGAUCAAGAUCAAAACAAACUGGGUCGGAAGAGAGUCAUCCUUGUUGUGCUUUGUAAACUGGUUUGAAAUUUGCUCAGGUGCAAGGCGCACUUUGUUUACAGAGACAAGCGUUUGGAGUAUCUUUGUUUGCGCAUCUCUUAGAGCCUGCGCGUGCAGAGUCGACUCGACGAUGGCUGAUACACGGAGAGACGAUGAUUUCGACGCAGUGCCGACUGUGGAAGAAAUAGAGGAAGAGAGAAAGUUGUUUAGCAACAGCCCCGAGAAAUUUGAAUUGCGAAGUGCUUCACCUCGAGGUGAAGAUGACGAUAUUGACGCUGCUGACGGAAGAGUACUUAAAGAUUAUGGUCAUGCACGGACAUCAUCUGCUGUUUCAUCUUCGUCGUUUUUCUCCUUGGCAUGGGGGUUGUCUCCGUCAUCGGCUAUGCUCGCGGUGACCCGUAUCGGCUGGUGUACCCGACGGACUCCCACGGUUCUAUUUGUGGACUGGGGAAGCUAGAAUGUCCACCGAUACGCUGGUGAAGAGGAACCUUUGUGCCUCGUACUACCUGGAGUCUAAACCCAUAAUAAACCGCUGCAUGCCGAAGAUCUUCGCCAAAACGUUUGACCUGGCUGAGACGUUGGUGGACGAACAGGGACAGAACCAGCUGGUGCGAGCCAAUGGGGAACAGGUCAAUGGCAACCUGUUGAAGGAGGGGACCAUAAAUCUGGCCCACUUCUACAAGCUCAAAGGCACCAUGGAGCUGCUGUUUAGAGAUGUACAGAACUCGGCCCACCUCAUUGCCAUCUGCCUGGUCAUUACAAUGGUGCUGUCCAUGCUGUGGAUCGUCCUGCUCCGGUGGCUGACCAUUGUCAUGGUGUGGGUCACUGUGGUGCUCUUCAUCGGCCUCUUCGGAUUUGGAACUGGCUACAGCUACUACAGAUACUAUGAGCUGAAGAAUGCAAAUGUAACAGAGGAGUACGGUCUGCCGUAUGAGUUCAAGUUUGACUUUGACUACUACCUGUCGCAGAAGACGACCUGGCUGGCUUUUGGCUGCACUGGAGCGACCAUCUUCAUCAUCUUCCUCCUCAUCAUCAUCUUCCUAUGUGGUCGCAUCAUGUUGGCCGCCCGACUUAUCUCAGAAGCCAGCGUCUACAUCUCGUCCAUGGGUGAGCCUGAGUUCUACAACAACACAGUGGUCACUUCCAACGAUGUGGACGCACUGCUCACCAGAUUGCCCUGUGACCACGCUAGUAACGACACGCUGGGAGAAAUCUGCAGCUUCGUCAAGUAUGGAGGGAACACCUACAAGACAGCCAUGUUGGUUUACAUGCUCUUCAUGUUCUUCUGGCUGAUGAACUUUGUCUCGGCCCUGGAGCAGAUGACCCUGGCUGGAGCCUUCGCCUCCUACUACUGGGCCUGGGACAAGAAGAAGGAUAUCCCAGCAUUCCCGCUAGGAAGCUCCUUUGGCCGCAGUCUAAGGUACCACAUGGGCUCCUUGGCCUUUGGCUCCCUCAUCAUCGCCAUUGUCCAGAUGAUCCGGUCGUUCCUGGAGUACAUCAACAGGAAGCUCAAAGGCUCGGAGAACAGCGUGGCCAAGUUCCUUCUCAAAUGUCUGCGGUGUUGUUUCUGGUGCUUGGAAAAGUUCUUGCGUUACGUCAACAAGAAUGCUUACAUUCUGAUUGCGGUGCAUGGUCGUUCCUUCUGCUCAGCGGCAAGAGACGGUUUUAUGCUGAUAAUGAGGAAUGUUCUGAGAGCGGUUAUACUUGACAAGGUGUGUGAUUUCCUUAUGCUCAUCUCCAAGCUGAUGGUGACUGGAGCCAUAACUGUCCUGGCCUUCUUCUGGUUCCAAGGUGACCUGCCACUGUUUGAGAAGGUCACGCCUGAUCUCAACUAUUUCCUGGCUCCUGUCAUUCUUGUCUCGAUUGGAACGUACCUCAUCGCUGACUCCUUCUUUGAUGUCUACAGUAUGGCCGUCGAUACCAUUUUCAUAUGCUUUUUGGAAGAUCUGGAGCGUAAUGACGGCAGUGAUGAGCGUCCCUACUACAUGAGUAAGACCAAGAAUCUCAAGCGUCUACUCUACGUGCCCAAGAACAAAUAGGUCAACAGCACAAGAUGUCUGACAACUAAACGUCUAGUUGGUUUGAAUCACCAGUGGACAUUUUUCUAGCUGUAUGAGGAUACAUUGAAUCUCCAACUGGUGUAACUGAUAAGUUCAUGUGUUUGAGAUUUUUGUAACUCUUAACCGAAGCCCUAAUAUCAUAUUCUUCUGCAUGUUUUCUAGCUCAGAUGUGACAUCUUAUGGUAUAAAAGCAGCAUAUUAACAAGAUUUAUUGGUCAAGAGUAAUGUCGCUGUUUGACUCUUCUUUCCAUUUCUCCUUUUGUCUGAUGUCAGAAGGGAUUAAAUGAAGUCUCUGUGGGGUUAUUCUUGGGACUUUUUGCUCACAGUCCUUAAAAGACAUCAUCUUGGUUUAUUUGUAGAUUAAAACUAUCCCUUUCUAGCUGCAAAAUGAUUAAAUAAGGGACUAUAAAAAAUGAAGAGGACUUUCAAAGAUAGGGAUUAAUUUGAACGCUGUUGGAAUAUUUUCAAAUUAUGAGGAUAUUAUGCUAACCACCAAAAGACAGCGAGGUUGACUUUUUAAAAGUCAUUAAGUUGUUCGGAAGCUUAUUAUUUGUGCAGAAAAUAUCUGGUUUUUGUUAAUAUUAAUGUGCAGAUUUAUUUUUGGAUGAGGAAUUUUCAAGAUGCACACAUUGGUAUGUGAAGGUGAAAAGCUAGAAUUGAGGAGUUUGAGCUUUCAAAUUAGAAUAUCCCAAUUUUCCCAUCUUUGUAUCUCCCAGCAAUUAUGUAAAGACAGGAAUUAGACUGAAUACUUGUUUUAUUUGACAAAUCCUGAGGUGGUGGUGGUUUUAUUCCUAGCUAGAUGUGUCCGGAUACGAUUGAUGUAAUGAUGUUUUCUUCUUCCCUUGAUGUAAUUGAUGUGGCCACUUGUCCAAAGUUUGUUUUGUCAAUUCUGCUCACUCCUCGUUAGCACAGUAUUGUUUACUUAAUUAUCUAUGCAUGAAGGGCUGUAGAGUCUAUAUUUGAAAGAUAUUAGUGGUGGUUGAUUUUUUUUGGAAGCUUAAAAAUCUGAACAUGUGUUUGUGUCGAUAUGUGUGUGAUGUGGGUCUGUGUGUGUGACUGCAUAUGUGAAACAUUUUUACCUUUCAGGUUGUGAUUGGAAUCUUUCUCAUCUUGGUCUCUGUGUUUAUUGACGAGGGGGCAAAGUUAAAGAUUUGUUGCUGGUUCAGAGGACGUUGAACAAGUUUCAUCUGUUUGUAUAUGAUGCUUGAAAAAAAUGCUUUUGGUGAACUUACUUGAGGUCAAUGUUCUUCCUGCAGGUAGAGACCAAAAGCAAAGUUUGGCACACAUUCAAGCACCCGCCUGUUUGCAAUUACUCACACACUCAAAGACGCUUACACAAUUAAAUAUAAAAUAUACACACAUGUACAUUUGCAGCCAUGUACUUUCACACACCUACACUUACACAAACACACUCGGGCGCUUACUUAUGAACACACACACACACCCUUACACGUGCGCCCACACACACGCGCGCGCGCCCACACACACACUCAAAGAAAUGCACACCAUUGCACAUAGGAAGACAGGAGUACUAACUAACACACUUAUGGGCACUCUCUGUGACUUAUUUACUGGCAUGCAUUGACCUAAUUAGUCACCCACACAUCACUGGACUGAAAAUGUUGACCACUGUUGUCUGUCAUACUGGAACAGUGCCUACAACUUUGAUGAAAAUAUGUCUGUCUUUUUUAAUGGAUGUGUGUCAUGGCCCACCUUUUUCAAAAUUGCCAAAAAAAAGUCUGUGUUAUUUCUUUCAAAUCUUGAGAUUGGCUUUCUUUCCAUCAUGGUGAUGUACCGAGUGCCAUUGAGUGUUUCUCUCGCAGUACUUUAUACUGCAUGUUUCUGGUUGUAGUCACAAGCUUACGGUGUGCUUCCGCCGGUGCUUUUUUAAUCUUCAAUUUUUUUACAAGAGUUUUAAAAUCAAAUUUUGAAGAAACACAGUCACCAUAUAUGUCGGGGUAAACUUUUGUAAUCAGUUUGUGCCAGUCAUUUUUGUGCUAUAUAUAUCAGGACGAAAUUGUCGGCUUGUAUUUUUCAACGUGAGGUUAAAGUUUUACAACUGCUCAAAACUUGAUUAUGUGGACCAUUAACAUAAAAUUUUUUAUUGUCUCUCUCAUAACAGGACUACUUGUUCUUGCUAUCUGUGGGUUUUUAAAAAAAAAUUUUGUGGAUUGGAUAAAAGAAUUUAGAAUAUGAAAUGUAAAAAAUUUUAAGCGACAACAUGGUUUAAUGGAUUUGUGAUUUGGAGUUGUUGGUUGUUUGAGUUUUUUAGUGUUCAAAGAAGUCAUUUUCAUAACUAUAAAAAUGUUGCUAUUUGUUUUCUGUGCAUUGGAAAUUGUAGAAACCGUGUGUCUCUUUGCCAUGAGGGGGUCAACAAUGUUCACCAAGUUAUGACAGGCUUCUCUCUCUGGUUUACUGGGUUUGUCUUCUGUAAUGUUGUAACGAAAUAAUAUGACAAGUCCAUGCAUGGAUCAAACUAUUUAUGGGAAAACAAUAAGGCAUACAAUAUCAUGGAAAAUAUGAGGUGUAAUGAGUGGGGGGAGGGGAGAGGAAAUCGAUCUUUUAGUGUAAGACACGGCCAUACACCUUUGAAAGAAUGACAUGAAUGCUUAAGAUUUCGAGAAGUAGAAGAUUGAUAUUGUGAAUAAUGUUUGGGAUUUACUGGUAGUAUCUUUCUUGAGUUGGGUAAUUGGUUCUAUCUUUUUUUUUGUACUACUGCUUUUCCCAGUGUGCACGGUGCUAUAUUGUUGGUCUGUGAAAUUGAAACAAUUUGUUUGGCAUGUUGUAAUAACUUAAAAUUUGGAGCAAUUUGAAUUCUUUUCUACUAUGAUAUUAUGUCCUUGUUUGUGAAAAUUGCAACACUUGCUUUUUUUCUCGUUCAUACUUGUAUCUUGCACUUGUUUAUGAAGCAUACAUUAGUAGACACGUAUAUUGUACUCUAGCAUUGUUUUUUCUCAGUUUGUACAUAGUAAACUUUCUUUUGUAACCAGUUGGAAUACUCUUAGACUUUUGGCCUAUCUUUUGUGAAUAACGUUCAUACCUGAGGAUGAUUUGUUCAAUCAAAUCCCAAAUAAACUGUUUCUUUUUUAAUAUGUUUUGUUUACAUGUCGAUGAGUCAGGUGAUUGAUAUUUGGAUGUGGUUUUCUCUUAAGGUGUGGUUUUCUUUUACGUCUGGCCAGUAAAGGAAGUUCUUCGGGCUCUGACACGGUCUUCCUCUGCUACUUCUGUUUAGUAUUGAUAUCUCAGGCGAGAUGUCCCUGAAUUGUUGUUAGUCUAGCUCAGCCAAACUUGUAUCUGCAAAAAUGAACAUUUUGGGAUUAUUUUUAGGUAAAGUAGAAAAUGGCGUUGAAGGAAAUAACUCUUCAUAACAGCAAAGUUUGUGUGAAAAAUUGAGGAGAGAUUUUGUCUUUCUCCUAAACCAAAUUGGUAAUAGUGUCUCAUCAAAGGAGUGCCAGACAGGUACUAAUGUGCACAUUGACUAAGGCCGUUUGCUGGUCAUUGGGGGGUUCAUUAUUAUCAUGGACCUGUUUCACAUGGUACUGAUUCUUAUAAAAGUCACAAUCUACUCUAGACAACUUCUGUUUGGCAUGUAUUUAUUGGCUGGUCUGACCGCCUAACUUCCCGACUAGGUAUUCUGAUCCUGGGUAGCAGCUGGUAGAAGAAGCGUAAUCCUACUGUGUGCCUAGUAGCCAUAGACUUUAAGUCUUUAAUAUAUAUGCAUUUGCAAUGAAAUUUCAUUUAUUGCUAGUCGAUUAAUUUGCGCCACGCUUUUUCUGUUUAUUUCAUAUUUGUUGCAAACGGUGUUUCCACAUUUUGAUCAUUAUUAUUCUAAUAUAUAAGCUUAUGCUCAAAUCAACGUAUGUGUAAAACUAUAAACGGUGAAUAUGUCUGUAGAGGUUUUGUGUCUUGAGUGGUAUGGUGUUUUCAUUAUUUCUUACGUGUGCUCCUCGGUCCUCUGUCGGCAAUAACUCUCUAUGUGUGUGUGUUUGGGAUAUGACUUCAGUGCUGUUAUUAGUCCUACAAUGUGGUCUGCUCCUUCUGUCUGUUAUCUGUGUUACUGUUACCGUAAUCUAUUCCAGCUGAAUUGUGGAUUUUACUUUGCAGACUCUGUACUACAAGAUUCUAUUUAUUUUCUAAAUCAGUCGGUGGCGAGCGAGAUGUUGGCAUUAUCUGGCUGACUCUUUAUAGACUUGAACUCCACAUAAAUGUCAGUCAAGUUGUCUUGGCUUCAAGAUCCCAGAACUCUGAAUGGUGUGUGUUUCUGAUCUCACAGUAGGCCUUGUUGUUUUUUCUCUGUCUCAGUCUCAUGCCUUCAGACAGUACUAAUGGUGUUUGAUAGUUCAUUUCUAUAAUCAAAAGUUUAGAAAACGUAUAUAUAUAUGAAUAUUUAAAUGGUGUAUUUUGGCAAAUGACAACCAUUUCUGUGCAUCUUGGGUCUAGUCAGGGGAGGAUAGCUGGGGCUCUGGCAAUGUAUGGUCCUCCUGCUUGUUGGCAAUGCUCUCUGUAUCUUCGUCCACUUCCCUACAGGUAUCGUUCCUAUCAUGUCAGUGUGCUUGUCUCUACUCAAACUUUUCUGCUUCCUCAGGAAAUACUGAUGUUCUUGUGACCACUUGCGGAUACUUCUACUUACUGUACAUUUCUGUCCUCUUAUACCUCUAAAUGUUGUUGGGAAAUGAAAUUGCUCCAUGUGGGCCAGGUGUGUUGCCUUUUGGAUCGCAAUGCUGUACUUUUUGAGGGUCUCUUUGAUGCUGUCGGUCUGUUUUUUUCUUGGUGUUAUCCAUUGGAAUUUGACGUUGUAGGCCAGUAUUUCUGUAUGGCUAAGUGUAAACAUAUUACUGGACAGCAUUUAUGAUUUAUCACGAGUUUUCUUUUGGUGCCGCACCAGCAGAGUCCAGGACAGAACUCGGUUGACCGACCUGUAAGCAGGUUGUCAUCCAGGUGACAAGUUGGCUGGCAUGACUUAGGCCAUCUUUCUGUGUUCAUUUAUUCCUUCUACCCUUUUCUUACCUCUAGAACGCGACCCCACCUUUAAAAUAUCCUUUUUCUUUAUUGUAGUUGUAGAGUGUUAAAUUUGUACAAAAGAAAAAAAACGAAGUCCUGGUGUGCUGUCAUUUAUACCUCCAAGCUGUUUCCACGUUCAUUCAUGUGUCUUCUUUUACAACCUUGUUUCAGUGGCCCCUGAAGUCCCAAUUAAGAGGACGCAGUCAUCUUUUCGUUAUAUUUUAUCUGUGGUAAAAUCAUUGUGGCCUGUUCAAGAAUGUUCUGUGUUAUGUGUCAUACAUUCUCUUAAAUGUGAUUAGAAAUUUUCGUCUUGGUUUUUAGGUGGUCAUCUGGUGCUCAGGUGUGGUUUGCUCCUUCUUUCCUUUCAAACAUAUAUCACCCUGAUCUCUCCUGCUUUUUUGUGUUUGUUACACUCUUAAAACGCCUGUAAUUGUUGCGCUUAUAUGACCUUAUUGUGUUGCAAGUGCUGUAGAACGCAUACUAAAACUACGCUGAGUCAGUUGAUUCACAGGGGUUCACUAUACAAUCCUAAAUUUUUCCAUAAUGUAUUGCGAUUUCUGUGUGUUCAAAAUUUUCCUAGUGUUAUGUAACUGCUUGUGUUGUCUAGCAACAGUCACUGUCCUCAUUUCCCCUUUUUGUCAUUUUUGAGGAAGAGAGUUGAGGGGGGGGGGGGGGGGGGGGGGGGUAACUGUACUUUAUUCAGAGCUAAAGUUCUGAGGUAUACUCCCAGUUUGGGCCAGUGAGACAUACAUUCUUUAGAAAAGUUACUUUGUCUUAUUUACAUCAGUUCUGGUAGGUACACAUGUGUAUUUGGCAACUGGUAGACACAUACUGGUGGAAUAAUAGUAAGAUGCUCUUUACAGCCUGCGUUGCUGUUUGUCCUUAGAGGACCGAGAUGGUGUAUUGGAAGUGGUGUGGUCCUUCCUUUCCAAAGGACGCAUGACUAUACAUAAGUACUUUUUUCUCUAACUUAAUGUCAUAAUGUAUCCACCACUUUGCUAUGUUUCUCAUAUUAAAUGGUCAGUUUGAAGUUCAAUGUCUUUCCACACAAGAACAGACAUUUUGUUCUGUUUUUGUUUUGUUUUAUAAUUUGACCCUAGCCUUUCCACUACUUUCUCUACCCAUUGCUGAAUUAAAGUGAUGAACAUUUUUCUACAUUUUUCCCCCUGAAUCGUGUAUGUCUUUUAUUUGUUAUACCUGUACACUUUUGUACAUGUAUUUGCAAUGUGUUUUAAAAUGUUACUGAAAAUAGUAAUUCUUGUUCUUAUAUAUUUGUGUUAUUUAAUUCAGAUACUCACCAUGUGGUUGACUUCAUCUGGCUCAUGCCACUUUUCAAACUAACUUUGAUGAACUCAUUGUAGUUAAUGUUGCAUUUUUCUAACAAGGCCUAGUGUUCUUGUAGCUAUAGAUCUUAAUUAUUUUAUCUUUUUUAAAGUCAUAACCAUAAAUAAAAUGAAACAAGGAAACCAUUUUUU